AUGCGUUCGAAGAUCUGCACCGCCCUCGUUUGGCUGGCACACCUUGCCACGGCUCAGUUUAGCCUCAAACCAACGACUAAGACGUCGAUUGCCAAGACGUCCUAUGGCACUAUCAUCACCGACAACAUCACUGAGACUGGAAUCUCGGUGUUCAAGGGUAUUCCAUAUGCCAAGCCUCCGGUUGGUGACUUGCGAUGGCGUUCUCCUCUUCCGCCUGAUGCUUCGGCUCAGCCGAUUAAUGCAACCGUCGGUACGACAUCCUGCUGGGGCUUUGCUGGUGACAACGUUACCGAGACAACCUCCGAAGAUUGUCUGUAUCUGAAUGUCUGGACCCGGGCCAAGACUGCUUCGGAGCGUCUGCCUGUCAUGGUCUGGGUGCAUGGCGGAGGCUUCAAUUUCGAUUCAGGACUCAACCCUCUAUUCGAAGGUGUGCACAUGUGCCUGAAGGGUGUCGUUGUUGUAACUAUCAACUACCGCCUGGGAAACUUUGGAUACUUGGCUCAUCCCGCUCUCGAUGCAGAGGAUCCCGUUGGGAACUCUGGCAAUUUCGGGCUUCAGGAUAUCAUGCAAGCCUUUCGAUGGGUGAGAGGCAACAUCGAGGCCUUUGGCGGUGAUCCAAAAAAUGUCAUGGCUUUUGGCGAGUCGGCUGGAGCGCACGCACUUCCCAUACUCAUGGCAUCGCCUCUUAGCGAGGGCUUGUUUGACAAGGUGAUGUGUUCGAGCGGUACUUACUGGGACUCCGAGCAUGGCAACAUGGAGAGCUUUGCUCAGUCCCGCCAGAGAGGGUUGAACUGGUCUGAUUCAGCCAUACGGCCCAAUGCAACACUUGCAGAGCUGCGAGGUAUGCCGGCAUAUUUGGUCCAGAACACGAGCUUGUGGAACAGCUUUGAUCCUGCCAUUGUCGCCUUUAGUCCCAACAUUGACAACUAUGUCAUCCCCCAGUAUGCCCCAAGCGUUUUCAGUUCCGGAAAGCAGGCGAGGGUGCCUUUUCUCGCCGGAUUCAACGCCCGGGAGGACACUCUAUUCCAGCAACGGGCGUUGGAGCAUGGCACUGCUGAUUUGUUCAACGAGCGCCUCUUCUCGUGGCUGAACAUGUCAGGGCUUCCUGAAGCUACGAUCAGAGAUGGCAUGAGCAAGUAUUUCCCUGCCACAUCGGACAUCCAGGCCGAAGACUCAGCUUUCCUUUGGACUGGAGAUAUGGUAAUCCGACAGCAGACUUGGGAGGCGAUCCAUGAACAUGAGAGAACCACUGGCCAGCCGAGUUGGCUCUAUGUUUUCAACUUUACUUCGGAGUUCAACCCAAUCCCUGGACAUGGUCAGGAUUUGCCAUACGACUUUGGAACCCUUAGAGAUUUCGGGCUCUCAACACCAGGCGUCAAACCGUCGCCCGAUGACGCGAAGAUGGCGAUGUAUAUCAUGACCUACUUGACCAACUUCGCCAAGAGCUCCGACCCUAACAAGCCUGACAAUCUCCGUGGCACACUGCCCCAUUGGCCCUCCUACAGCGCGUGCGAGGGGACGCGCGAAUGUCCGAAGAACACCUGUGGUCCUCACCAAGGUCGCAUAUUUGAGCUGGCAAAUCCCACCUCAGUGCAAGAGUUUGACUACAGCCGGUUUCAGUUUAUUCAGAGUCUGAGGACGGACGGUGUUUUCCCUGCUGGCUGGCAUGAUUUUGUCGUGAACUCACUUUCUGAUUGA